AUGAACAGUCUUGAUACCAGUUCCAGCAGGUCUGUUGAUGGUGAUAUAGUUUCUUUGGAUCUAAAGAAUCAGUACAUGAAUCAAAUUGCCCGUGGACAUAAAAGUCGGGGAACAGCUUCAUCUGGUAACAUUACAAGGAAAUUCUCAACACAAGCUGGUACAAUUUCUAAUCAGGCUCCUCUGAAGGUGUCAGGACUACGAAUGCCAUCCCCAAAGAUUGGGUUCUUUGAUGGGGUGAAGUCGUCCGCUCACAUUCCUAAGGGAACUGUGCAGUCUCAAUCUGGAAUUCAUUCUAUGCUACCUGCGAAAGGAGGUGCCAUGUGCAAUUCAAACGGGAGCUCCAACAUCAAACCAAAGCUUAGAAAGCGUCCAACAGCUAGAACGAAAGUUGUUGGUGGAUGGCCUGAUGAUGCUAAGAUUGACAUAGAUACAGAGUGGAUAGAAAAGAAAAUGGUCGUAUUGGAGAUCCAAGUGAACGGGAUAAGCAAACACAAAAUAGAUGAAAACUCAAAUAUCCAUGGCCAAAUAGAUGAAAUCAUUAGUGAAAUAUCAGAUUGCGCUUCAGAAACCUCUGCUAUAACCUCCGAGCCUGUAGGUGGCAGAGCCCUUUUGCUGUCUAGUAUUCUUUCUGUAAUGACUAAUGACUUCUUAUUUCUCACGACUUGGCUGUCCAGAAUUUAA